ACUUGUGUUGCCAUGCCGUAAAACACUUCGCCCGACCUGCCAGUGAAGAGAGACAUACGGCCUUAAAGCUUAUAAAUUUAUAGACGAUGAAAGUAGGGUUAUCAAAACGCACUUUCAUUUUAUAGACAGUAUUAUAGUCUUUCUCACGAUGAUCAUAGAGAAUGUUGAAGCCUUGAAGUCGUGGCUGGCAAAACUCCUGGAGCCGAUAUGUGAUGCUGACCCCUCUGCAUUAGCCAACUACGUGGUGGCUCUUGUGAAAAAGGACAAACCGGAGAAAGAGCUGAAAGCACUUUGUGCUGAUCAGCUUGAUGUCUUCCUGCAAAAAGAGACAACAGGAUUUGUCGAUAAACUUUUUGAAUGUCUGACAACCAAGAACUACCUGGGAAAUCCUGCCGCCAAGGAGGCCCCUAAAGAGGAGGUCAAACCACCUGCAGUGAAAUCUGAUGUUGUGGAGGCUGAAACUCCAGAGGAGGAGAGAGAAAACAGGCGGAGGAGAAGUCCUCUGAGAAACCGUUCUGACUUCAACGAGUCCAGAAGCCGCGAUGACAGGAGGCGAGAUGAGCGCAAGCGCCGUGACUUCGACAGGCACUUGAAAAGCGUCAGCGACUCCCACCGUGAAUGGGAGCGCCACGAGCGUCGCAGGGGCAGCCCCCGCGGGAGGAGCUACAGCCGGAGCCGCAGCCGGAGCAGGAGUGGCAGCCGAGGAAAGAGCAGGGACAGGGAGCACAGAGGAGGCAGAGACUUCAAGUCAAAGUUUGAGUUGGAAAGGAAGGACACGGACUGCUACAACUCUUCCACCACAUCUGGCUCCCAGCAGCAGCAGCAGCAGCAGCAGCAGCAGCACCCACCGCCUCUCCUGCCCCUUCCCACACCUCCGCACCCCUUUUCUUCUUCAUCGUCUGCUGGAGUCUCAGGAGCUGGAGGCGUUCCCAUAGCAACAGCGGCUCACCUGCCUGAUAGCACUACAGACAGCUGGUCUGGCUACUAUGGCACCCAGAGGCAAGAUGGCGUCGCCAAGCCGUUCAUCAACAAGGUUGCUUCACUGAAGCAGCGUUGCAGGGAUUACGACGAAAAAGGAUUUUGCGUCCGUGGUGACCUUUGCCCGUUCGACCAUGGCAACGACCCUCUCAUCGUUGAUGAUGUCAAUCUACCGAACAUGAUCCCGUUCCCGCCCCCGCCCGUUAUGCCCCCUGUCGGCCUGCCCAUGCCCCCAAUCACUGAGCCACCACCUCCCCUAAGGAUGCCUUCCAUGCCACCCUAUGGCCAGCCACCACCACCGGGCGUCUUCCCCAUGGCUGGACCCCCACUCAUAGCCACCAGUGGGAUUGAUACCCCCAACCACCAAUCGGCAAUCACUUCUUCUCCUCCUAUCGGACCGCCCGGUGUGGGGCUGCCACCUACUCUUCUUCCUCCUCCUCCUCCUCCACCUCCUCCCUCCUCGUCUUCAUCUGUGUCUCUUCGUCCCCAAUAUGUCCAGUCUGAAUAUAACUAUGAUCCAGAAGGCUAUAACCCAGAAUCCCCAGGCCUGACUGCAGCAGGCCGUAACCCGUACCGUCAGUUCAUUCCCCGGGUGCAGACCCAGCGCUCCAACCUUAUUGGCCUCACCUCCAGCGAAGGACAAGGCUCCAGAGCUGCCAACAUAGUGAUCCAGACAGAGCCUGCCACUGCAGCCAGCACACCUGGAAGUAACAUGUCCCGUUUCAACACAGAGCAGGACAACAGGAAGAGAACCAUGGGACCCAGUACAGCUGAGGGACCGGCAGCUAAAAAACCUUGGAUGGAGAAGCCAGGCUUUAACAACCAACAUAAGAGCAGUUUUCCCAAGAGGUAUCACUAUGUGAACACCAAGUUGGAGGUGCGCAAGAUCCCACGUGAGCUCAACAACAUCACAAAGCUCAAUGAGCACUUCAGCAAGUUUGGAACCAUCGUCAAUAUCCAGGUGGUGUUUGGCGGAGACCCAGAGGCAGCGUUGAUCCAGUACACAAAGAAUGAAGAGGCCAGGCGGGCCAUAUCCAGCACAGAGGCGGUCCUCAACAACCGCUUCAUCCGUGUGUACUGGCACCGUGAGCCGGGCGCCAACGCCACAGGGCUUCAGCAGCAGGAGCAGAGCUCAGGGAGCCUGGCAGCCGGGUCAGCACCCGGCCAGGCGCCACAGCACGGCAACAUGCAUAAGCAGGGCAUCAAGCAGCACAAUCCAGCCGCCUACGUGUUGAACAAUACUCAACCGAAGCACCGCCUGCUAGCAGCGGCUGGGACCACAGCUACAACCAAGCCAGACAGCCUGAACCCAAACACUGAAGCCGUCACUGUGGUGCCUGCACUGACAAACACCCAGAAGGGCUCUUACUCUUCCACAGCCCUCAAGUCAUCCUCAAAGAGCCUUGGGAAAACGGGAAAAGCACUAGAAGCACAGGAAGUCCUCAAGAAGAAACAGGAGGCAUUAAAACUCCAGCAGGACAUGAGAAAGAAGAAGCAAGAGAUGUUAAAGACACAGAUUGAGUGUCAGAAGGCCUUGAUAAACCGCCUGGAGAAGAACCGAGGGAUGAAACCUGAGGAGAGAGCCAACAUCAUGAAGACCCUGAAGGAGCUGACGGAGAAGAUCGCACAGCUGCAGAACGAAAUGCACCCUGCUUCCCAGGUCUCCAGCGCCAAACCCAACCACAGCCAGCACAAGACAAAGACUGAUGCCCAGAAGGAAUUGCUGGAUGCUGAGCUGGACUUCCACAAGAAAAUGAGCUCUGGAGAGGAUACAACAGACCUCAAGAGAAAACUGGGACAGCUACAAGUUGAGGCGACGCGGUUAGGUCUGAUCCGUCCUCAAGCGGGUCGAGGUCGGGGCCGAGGGAAGAUGGCGCUGGAGCUCGGUUCGAUGCAUGUGGGCCGCGGCAGGGGCCGAAGCCGCAUGGUGGUUGACCACAGACCCAGAGCACUGGCUAUUUUGGGGGUCACUCAGGAGGAGAAGGAAGAGCUAAUGCCGCACUUUGUGAAAUUUGGUGAGAUCGAGGACGUCCGUGACCAAGAUGCCAACAGUGUUGUCAUGACCUUUAAGACACGAAAUGAGGCAGAGAAUGCAGCUAAUCAGGGAGCUAAGUUCAAAGGUCGUGUUCUGCAGAUUUCCUGGUACAAGCCCAAGACGCCUUCUGUUACAACAGAGCCAGAGGAGGAAGAGGCUAAAGAUGAGGACAACACGAAGGAAGCCAGUUCUUACUUGCCUGGUGAGGAGGAGGAAGAGGAGGAGGAGGAGGAUGAUGACGAAGAUGACGAGUAUGAGAGCCGAUCUUGGAGGCGAUGAAGGCACUGUGAUUCGUCAUUACCUGCUCUCCAGCAGAAUCGGCCGUUCCCCCACCGCCCCACAUGCAGAUAAAAGACAACGGAACUUUCUCCUUUCCAGUAUUUUCAAACAAAGUGAUUUUAGACUCUAAUCAAAGUAAAAACAUCUUUACUUUAUUGUACAUGAAAAGGAAGUUUAGAGGGCCGACAGUUUUUGUAUCCCUCGACAAAACAAUUAUUUAAAACAUCUCACUUUUGCUGAGAGAGAUAAAUGUUAAGUUGUUCUUAUAGAUAGAAAAACCUAUGUAAGUUUCACUGUGCUUACCAGAUGAUUAAUAUCAGUAAUGCACAACAUUUGUGUCUACUGUGAAUAGGUAUUUUUAUACAUACUGUAUUUAAGCUCUUUUCUCACCAGUUUUUGAAAAUCUUGUCCUGAGUUCAGGGACAGCCAUUCCUUCACCAAGAGAACGUUCUCUGUUGCUACCAGAGAGAUAUUUAUUUAUUCUUCCACUGCAUAAAUGCACUGUGCCGUACCCGUAUUGGCACAGCAUGGUAUGGUGUUCCAUUUCACUUUGCUCAGUUUGUUUUGUAAGCCCAAAAUGUUAAAGGAUCCAAAUAUUUUUUACAGUGGCUCUAUAAGCUGGCAUGAAUACAUGCUAGUUUGUGCAUGUUAAUAAACAGAUCCACCCCAGCCCAGCACCCAAAGGUGCUGACACUAUACCAUGACUAUAUUAGAGCCAGUGCAAUAGCAAAAUCCAAACUAUGUUUACAAAUUGCUGUGUCCAUGCACGUCAGAUACAGUCUUGUAGUAAAUAUUCAAAUUUUCCUCAGUUGUAUUUUGUUCACUCACUCACUAAAUGUCCGCUGCCACUCUGUGUAAAUAUAAACACCCGCACAGGUGUUCUACAUUUUCAAAGAGUGUGUAACAUUGUUCACUUGUUUUAUUCUGUCUCCUGGUCGUCCAAAGGGCCUGACAGGACAUGGAUCCGAUCAGCCAUUUCAAAAUGUGAGAUCCAUAGACAGGUGUUUGAAUGUAAUACUGAACAGUUGAUUUUAAUAUAUAAAUAUAAUUUCUUUGCCUUACACAAUCAGCGGAUGGCUGAAUUUUUACAAGAUUUGUGAUUUACUUUUGUAAAUUUUGUAAAUGCUUGAAAGAGAAAUUACUGUUGUACUGUUUUUUGUUGUUUCUUUAUCUGUCAUUUUAAAUGAAUGACAGGGUUGUGUCAGGUAGAAAAGGUCAAGCAAGAGUGUUUAGCGUCUCUGCUUAUUUGCAAGGAAUUUGCAUUUGGGUUAAACCAGUCCACAUUGUUAUUUCACUAAUCUUGUCAUCUCAGUAGAAAAUUGCAGAGCUGCUCUGAGCUUUGGAAAACACUCUAUUGAAAGGCACUGGGAGUCAUCUCAUAAUAUCAUUUGUGCAUUAGAGCAGCUUUGCCUGCAUCUGAAUAUUGUCAGACAGUGCUCUAAACCCACUCUAAGUGCAUCUGCAAUGUGCACCUUUCGUGACAAAGUUUUAUUUUGCGUUUGCCUUCUUUACAUAUAAUGUAUUUUAGAAUCCUCAGGGUGGGAGGAAUGAAAUUCAUUAAACUUCAUAUGGACCCUGCUCCACGCAAGGAAAAUACAUUUUUGACCAUUAAGAAGUUUUUACUUUUGUUGCUUCCCUGAAACAAAUAACUGUUUACAUGCAGCCUAAUGAAGUGUUGGUUGAUGUAUGCUUGUCAUAACUUGACUAAACUGAUAAUAUCCAGUAACCUAACCGGUCAGAUUGAAGCACCAAAACAAAGGAGAGAUAAUAACUUAAUAGUUAACUGUAGCAGUCUUACUACUUGACACAAACAUACAGGCAGAAAUCUGCAUGUAUAUAGAAAUGUGCAUGUAAAUAUACAUGUAAGAUUCUUGCCUCAGUAACAAUUUGUAAACGCAUUAUGUGAUUUCCUCCCACCUACAAUGUCAGUAGCGCUCUUGUUUGGAUUGCAUAUCUCAGUGUUGACUGAUUAGUCAGAAGCCUCCUGCCAGUGACCUCAUUGUCCCAUUAAAACCUCUGAGUUCAUGACUUUUGCCAUGUGAUUUUAUUUUAUUUUUUUAAUAAUUUUUUUUUUUUUAAAUGAGGUCACUGGAAGUUUGAAAGGACAAACAUACUGGCAGGGCUCUUGCUUGUGUAAGUGAGGAUUCAGGGAAGGUCUCUCUCCCGAGUUUUGUACUAUCUUCUGUAUGCUAUAUCACACAACAGUGUAAAAAAUGUAAAAUGUUUAUUGGAUAAUAGUUUUGGAUUUGUUACUGUUUAUAUUUGCAGGAUGUGGAUGUAUUUUCUUCAUGUAUUUUGUUUGUAAAAAAUGGAUUUCUAAUUUACUAGCAUGUUUGCUUUUGCCAAUAAAGAUGGAGGAAUGGGGGAGCUUGUAAGGUGAUAACAAAAAAAAAGAAGAAAAGAAAAAAAUACAAUUUCAAUUGGAUCUUGGAGAGCAAAAAAGAAAAUUUUUGAGUUGAAAGAAAAAUUGACCAAAAAAGAAGUCAACAUUGGCAAGGGGAAAAAUACGAGCAAAAGCAUUCCAGAAAAUAUUACCGUAAA